AUGUCAAAUAUAUCUAUGUUGUUAAUAAUCUUUGUGCUCAUCGUCCCAUGUUUGGGAAACGAUGAGGAAGACAAUGCUUUCGAAUAUUUAAAGCGAUUCGGUUAUAGUUCAUGUAAUGACUCGUCAGCAUCGGCCGUGAAAUGUAGUGAAAACUUCAAUGAAUUACUCAAAGAAUUUCAAAGAUAUUUUGGUUUAAACGUGACCGGCGCUCUGGAUCAGUCAACAAAAGCCAUUAUGAAUCUGCCCCGAUGCUCUGUGGUGGAUAAACCAAGACAAUCUGUUUUGCAACAGAUCAUUAAGUUCAAAUGGUCUCGAUUUGAUCUCAAAUAUCGCAUUGAAUCGUAUGCCUACAGUAAGGAGAUUAGCCAUACAAAACAGGAAGAGAUCAUUCAAGACGCCUUUAACGAGUGGUCGAAACACACAUCGUUGAAAUUCACUAAAGUUUGCUCAACGUGUCUGGCAGACAUCGUAAUACAGUUUACAAGUCGUGAUCACGGUGAUGAUCACCCGUUUGAUGGAAAAAUACUGGCGCAUGCCUUUCCCCCGACUGAUGGACGUAUUCAUUUUAAUUAUCAAGACACAUGGACAGACUCAUACGAUUCAACAUCGAAAUAUGAGAUCAACCUGUUUCUAGUUGCUGUACACGAAAUAGGCCAUGCACUCGGCCUCGAUCAUAUAAGAAAUAAACAAUCGAUAAUGUAUCCAACGUAUCAACUAAAACAACGCUCGCAAAUAUUGCCACUUGUUGAUCAACAGGAAAUUCAAGCAAUGUAUCCCAAGAAAGUUGAAGAGGGUGAAAUUGUUGAAAAAAUAUACGGUACUUCUAAAUAUCGAGGACAAAUGAAAAACGGUUUGCGCCACGGUCAUGGACAAAUAGUGUACGACAACAAUGCAACAUACGUCGGUGAAUGGAAAACCGAUAAGUUCGAUGGUCACGGAAUCUACACAUCUUCAUCCGGCGCGAAAUACGUGGGAGAACUUGAAAACAGUACCUUCAACGGACAGGGCAUAAUUACGUACUCCUCAGGUAACAGUUAUAUGGGCGAUUUUAAAAACGAUAAGGUAGAUGGUCGUGGGAUGUUCACGUAUCCAUCUGGCAGCCAUUAUGUGGGCGAAUUCAGAAAUGGUGAUUUCAACGGUCGUGGAGUAUUUAUGUGGGCAAACGGCGAUAAAUAUGUGGGGCAAUGGAAAGAUGAUAAACGAGAAGGAUAUGGUUUUUUUAUCAACACGAAGGGACAAGUUCAAAGGGGACAAUGGAAAGACGAUAAUUUCAUCAAAUGA